AUGGACUGGGCUCCAUCCCUGCUUCUCUUCUGCGCUCUCUCCGUCUCCUUCACGUGGGCUGCUACCACCGAACCCAAGGACCAAAGCAAGGGAGCGAAAGGAAAGAGGAAAGGACCGGCUAGGGACAAGGUCCAGCUGCUGGAGGCCCAGGCACCCAGCCCCGACCCCAUGCUGAAGAGGAACUCCAUGGCCUCAGCGGCGGACAGCCCCUACACCCUGCUGGAGGAUUACGAACAGAGCAUCCAGGAGAUGGUGAGCCAGCUGCGGAACAGCUCAGAGCCUGCCGACAGCAAGUGUCAGGUCAACCUGAGGCUCUGGAGGUCCAAUAAGAGGAGUCUGUCUCCGUGGGCCUACAGUAUAAACCACGAUGCAACGCGGAUCCCAGCAGACAUCCCAGAGGCGCAGUGCCUCUGCACUGGCUGCAUCAACCCCUUCACCAUGCAGGAGGACCGCACCAUUGUCAGCAUCCCUAUCUACAGCAAGCUGCCCGUCCGCCGGCUCCUGUGCCACCCCCCUGAGGGCUCGGGAGCCAAGACCCGCAGGAAGAAGAAGAGGUGCCACAAGGAGUACAAGAUGGUCAUGGAGACCAUUGCCGUGGGCUGCACCUGCAUCUUCUGA